CGUCCUAAAAUGCUAGAAUUAAAAAAAAAAGUGUCACAAAUAAUUUAAAGUUGUAAAAUAGAAUAGUAAUCCAUCAACAUAAAGUCACCACUAAAAGCAUGUUUAUCAAGAAUCAAUGAUGGCCUUCUGCUAAGUCAGUCAAUCACAAUAAACCAAACUCCAACCUGCCAAUUCCCUUAAAAUUAGUUUUCCACACUGCCCGCGUUUUUCUCCCACUCCCUCCCAAAAGCUCAAUUCUUCACCAUUGGCGGCUCUUAACCCAACCACUUUCCUUUUCUUACCCUGCCAUUUGUAUUAAAUCAAUAACUUCUGCUUCCAAAAAUCUUCAGUUCACAGAACCCAACACAACAUUUUCAACAAUCUCCGUGCACCAAUUUUUUGCCGCGCCCUUUGUUUGUUUGUGACAAAGAAAUUUAUAAAAGAAAAGGAUGUUCUUGAACUUGGUUUCCCAGACUUUACUCUUUGACAGAGACACAAACCUAAAUCCUUAGCUAUGAAAAAUAUCAAAACUACUACUACUACUGCAAAUUUUGUUGCAGAAGUACACCAAUGGAGGCCUUUAAGAUUGGCAUAAAGCUGAAGCUCUCUCAGCUUCUUCUGUAUCUGUUAGUGAUUGUUCUUAUAGCUCAUAGCUCUGUGACCAUAUUCAGUAUACACAUCCCUUUUCCGGUUCCCGCCAGAUUCUCCCGGGAAAAUGCUGCCGGGAACUCAAGAACGUUGGUGUUUUCGUCUUCAUCCGGAAAAGUUUCAUCUUUUGUGAUGCAUGCUGUAAAAGAAGAAGGCCCAGCUGCAGAAAAGAAGACCCUUUUGUAUAAAGAUCGAAACUUGGGAAGUUUUAGGAACAGUUCAUCUGUUUCUUUUCACAUUAAGAAAAGGCAUUCUAGAAGGGCUUUGAGCAAAAUUUUGGGGUAUGAGGGAGAAAUGAAGCUGUUCUCCAAAAGAGUGAAGGAAUUUUUUCAUCCUGCUUCGGCUAAUUCUUCUUGUAAGUUUCGCUUCUUUAUGACUUGGAUAUCUUCAUCAAAACUUUUUGGUAAGAGAGAGAUUUCCUCCAUGGAAAGUUUGUUUAAAUCUCAUCCAGAUGGUUGCUUGAUUAUAGUCUCCAAUUCAAUGGAUUCAAUUGGUGGGAUGGAAAUUUUAAGACCUUUUUUGGACAAGGGAUUCAGGGUAUCUGUGAUUUCCCCUGAUUUCAAUUAUUUGUUCAAGAAUACAGUAGCACAAGCUUGGCUUGAUAAACUAACAAAGGGAAAUUUGGAUCCCGGAGAGAUUUCCUUGGGCCAAAACCUCUCCAAUUUGCUUAGGCUUGGUUUGCUUUACAAAUUUGGUGGGAUUUAUAUAGAUACUGAUGUUUUAGUGUUGAAGAGAUUCCACCGUUUCAGGAAUGCCAUUGGAGCUCAGACAAUCAACCUUGAGACAGGAAACUGGAGCAGGUUGAACAAUGCUGUUAUGGUUUUUGAUAAAGGGCAUCCUUUGCUUUACAAAUUCAUCGAGGAAUUUGCACUUACUUUUGAUGGUAAUAAAUGGGGGCAUAAUGGCCCAUAUUUGGUUUCAAGAGUUGUUUCCAGGAUAAGUGAAAGGCCUGGAUACAAUUUCACAAUUUUGCCUCCCAAGGCAUUCUAUCCAGUUGACUGGAGUAGGAUUGGCAACCUCUUCAGAGCACCAGUGAAUGAGUCUCAGUCAAAAUGGAUGUUUCAUAAGCUUCAGCAUAUCCAAACUCAAAGUUUUGCCGUGCAUCUUUGGAAUAAAGAGAGUAGAAAGCUCAAGAUUCAGAAAGGAAGCAUUAUCCAACACAUAAUGGCAAAUUGUUGCAUUUUUUGUAACAAUCAUACUUCAGUUCUUGGUAUCAUUACUCACUAGGCGGAAGAAAUAUGAUGAAUGUCGAUGAUGCGGUAAAGCUGAGCAAAGAAGAUGCAAAAUGUGAUAUAUUCGGCCUUUUUCUUCACCUGGCAAUAAUUGU